UUUCUGCCGACAUCCAUGUGUGCUUGACGUGAAACGUCGUAUUGAUUUAAAACAGUAUUAAAUGGCACUCUAUUUUGUGUUCGGCAACCAUUUCAGAAGGUGAAUCGUAGACUAUACACUGUAGUAAAAAAAAAAAUGGUUGCUCUGAGUAAAUUUAUUGUGAGUUUACAGUGAGUAAGUUUAUUGGGUAAACUAUAUUGUUGAUAAAGGAGGUGAAAACAAAUAUGCACUUCGAUAAAGAAGGAACGCCCUAUUCACUGUCAUAAUUAGCGUCUGUCCGUCACAGCCUAUAAAGAUAGUGUAUCUUUACUACGUCACAGCUGCCGUGUUCUGCCUGAACAGCAUUAGUGUGCCUUGGAGUAAUCGGGUCAACAUCAUCUUUAGUAUCGCCAAGGUCCUCGGGCUCAUCAUCAUCAUUAUAGCCGGGAUAGUUCUCAUGAUUCAAGGUAACGUCAAAAACUUACAAGAUGGUUUCACCCCGGCAAUAGAAGUGCCACCGGAGAAGAUACCACUGGCGUUCUACUCAGGUCUUUUCGCUUACUCCGGAUGGCAAUUUCUGCCCAGCUUUACAGAGGAGAUUGUGAAUCCUGCCAGAAACAUUCCCUUGGGCAUCAUCAUAUCGAUGGUCAUCAUUACGGGCGUGUACAUCUUGGCCAACCUGGCGUACUUCGUGGUUCUUUCUCCGACAGAACUAUUAGCGUCAGAGGCAGUGGCAUUGACAUUUGGGGAGCGUGUCAUGGGUUCCUGGUCGGUAAUCAUAUCCGUUGCUGUCGCUUUCUCCUGCAUUGGAUCGCUCAAUGGCGCGUUGUUCUCCUUUGCCAGGAUCUUGAUGGUGUCGUCGCGAGAGGGCCUAAUGCCACAGGUUUUGGGCAUGAUCCACGUACACAAUAGGACUCCACUGCCAGCUGCAAUUGCCACCUUUCCGAUUGUGAUAGGCAUGUUGAUGGUUCCAGAUAUCAACACACUGAUCAACUACCUGAGCUUCACCCGCUGGCUGUUCAUUUCCAUAGCAGUUGCUGUGAUACCUUACUUCCGGUGGAAGUACCCAGAUAUACCUCGACCGUUCAAGGUGCCAAUCAUCCUACCGAUCAUCUUCAUCAUCUGCUGCUUGUUUGUGGUUGGGGUGUCUAUCUACUCCUCACCCGUGGAUUGUGGCAUCGGGGCUGGCAUCACCUUGACGGGAAUACCAGUCUACCUCCUAUUCGUCUGGUGGGAAAAGAAACCUUCCUGGUUUACAAAUGCAGUCGAUGCAGUAACGUGCUUCCUCCAGCGUUACCUGCUGAUAGCACCUGAGGAUAAAAGGACCGACUGAAAGCGAAACAUAGCCUGAUGCACUAUCCUCGAAACGCCAAUGGGAAAACUGUUCCAAAUCUC